CGAGGCGGGAUUCCUCCCGAGCAGCACCCAAAGGUAACACAAUACAGAUUAAUUCUGAUUUAAGAAGUGAAGGAUAACUGUCAUCCCAGGAUGGCUCAAUGUGCCAAUGAUUUUAUGGAAAGCUGUUGUUGACUACUAGGUGUCAUUGGUUUUAUUAUACAACUUAUACAUUUUUUAAAAAAAAAUGUCAGAACUCAACCCCACAUCUGGAUUAAUAGGAAAUAUGGAAAAUGGAACUUUUCUGGAGCUGUAUCCCACCUCUCUCUCAACAUCCAUGGAUUCAUCUUCUGGACGCAUGUCUAAUGUCUAUGUCUAUGUCUCAAUAUUCCUCAGCCUUUUGGCAUUUCUUCUUUUGCUAUUGAUCAUUGCACUUCAGAGGCUGAAGAACAUAAUCUCUUCCAGUUCUUCCUACCCAGAAUACACCAGCGAUGCUGGGAGUUCCUUCACUAAUUUAGAAGUCUGUAGUAUUUCUUCCCAGCGGUCUGCUUUUUCAAACCUUUCCUCAUGA